UUGCCCACUGGAAAGUUCGUUGAAACUUGUAUAUCUUGUUCCAUGCCACCAGUACUCAAAACCUAUCCAAAUUCUUAAAACUUUUUCUCUGUUGUUGCCAAAAUGAUCAACUCUAAAACAAAAACGGCAGCGUUUUUGCUCUUCUUGGCCUUCCUAUUCACUCUUUCAGAAUCCAGAGCAAUCAUUCUUCUGCCACAGCCUCUCGAGUCCUUCAAAAUCAACUCCACCCAGAAUGCAAAUACAUGUUCUUACACCGUUAAGAUAUCAACAAGCUGUUCUUCAGUUCGGUACACCAGAGACCAAAUCAGCUUAUCGUUCGGAGAUGCUUAUGGCAACCAGGUUUAUGCUCCAAGAAUAGAUGAUCCGCAUUCAUCAACAUUUGAGAGUUGCUCAACGGAUACCUUUCAAAUAAAUGGGCCUUGCACGUACCCGAUUUGCUAUUUGUAUCUGUACAGAAAUGGCUAUGAUGGAUGGAAACCUAAAUAUGUGUCAGUUUAUGGGUAUCAUAUCAAAUCUGUUACGUUUAAUUUUAACACUUUUGUUCCUAAUGCUGUUUGGUUUGGGUUUAAUUACUGUAAUGGUGCUUUGUCCUCCACUUAAACAUUAUAAGCUAGCUUUAUUUAGCACUUAUUUUGGGUUUGUUAAUUUUAGUCUCAACUUUGGAGUCGUGUUUGGUGGCAUUUUGCAGUAAGCACGUUCAUCUUGUAAUAAAAGAUCUGGUUCUGGUUC